UCCCUCCGCUCGACGUUUCCCCUUCUUCGCCACCACGAGAAUCACCAGGCGGCUCUUCAAAGGAAACCCACCUCAGCUGCGUUCGCAGUUGCUUGUUGUCGCUGCUGCUCCGUUACAAAAGCAGUCGAGAGAGGCUCUUGGCACCGAGGUGGCACACAACGCAAACGCGCUGGGUGGGGAAGCAACACCCGGGCACUCUUCCAUUGAUUUCGCUUUUGCGAGUGCUCCAACUCCUCUGCCUCCUUGCAGGAGUCCUUUCUCCAGCGUCGAGUUCCCGUGCAGAAGCAUCAUCUGCUUAAUUACAUUGAUCUCCCCCUCCCUCCCUCCCUCUCCUCUCGGAUCGCCUUGUGCCAAAACAAGACGGGAUGCAUUAUUGGGGGUUUUGCAGUUGCUGAGGUCAAGGCAAGUGACGGGAGCGAGUGCGUGGCGUCCGCCCUCCCCUACUCUGAGCGAGAGACGGCGAGCGAGAAAAGGCAAGCGUUAGGACUCGGGGGAAAUCUCUCUUUCUCUGCUCCCCCCCUUCCUCCUCCUCCUUCCCCCUUCGCUUCUUCAAUCAGCUUGUGCUACUCAUCAGAUCAGGGAUAGCUGAGGCUUCAGCUGUGUGCGCCAGAGAGCCGCUCUCCCAACUCCUCGGUCGUUCCAAUGCAAGGGAUGUUUGCAAGGCGCGCGGAGAACCACCGGCUGUGCUGCUGCUGCUGCUGCUCCCACUACCACCCUGGGCAGGGGAUGUGAACUCCCUUAAAGAAUGACUAGGAUUGCCACGAUUGCCAUUCUUUUGCAGCUGUUGCAAAAAACCGGGGGACAGGGCUUCGCAGGUGGUUGUUCGUUUGAUGAACACUACAGUAACUGUGGUUAUAGUGUGGCUCUGGGGACCAAUGGAUUUACUUGGGAGCAGAUUAAUACCUGGGAGAAACCAACAAUGGAUCCUGCUGUCCCAACUGGCUCCUUCAUGAUGGUGAACAGCUCUGGGAGAGCAUCUGGACAAAAAGCUCACUUGCUUCUACCAACCUUGAAGGAAAAUGACACACACUGUAUUGACUUCCAUUACUACCUGUCCAGUCGAGACCGCUCCAGCCCUGGAUCAUUGAAUGUUUAUGUCAAGGUUAAUGGUGGACCUCAAGGCAACCCUAUCUGGAAUGUGUCUGGGAUUGUUACAGAAGGCUGGGUGAAGGUAGAACUUGCAAUCAGCACAUUCUGGCCACACUUCUAUCAGGUGAUAUUUGAAUCGGUUUCGUUGAAGGGACACCCUGGGUACAUAGCUGUGGAUGAAGUCAGAGUUCUUGCCCAUCCAUGCAGAAAAGCUCCUCACUUCCUGCGGCUCCAGAACGUGGAGGUUAAUGUUGGACAGAAUGCAACGUUCCAGUGCAUUGCUGGAGGAAAGUGGUCUCAACAUGACAAACUGUGGCUACAGCAGUGGAAUGGCAGAGACACGGCUUUAAUGGUCACCAGAGUCGUCAACCAUAGACGUUUUUCUGCUACGGUCAGCGUAGCUGACACUUCUCAGCGCAGCAUCAGUAAAUACCGAUGUGUCAUCCGCUCAGAUGGUGGAUCAGGAGUUUCAAACUACGCAGAACUAAUAGUGAAAGAACCUCCCACACCUAUUGCACCUCCAGAACUUCUAGCAGUUGGAGCCACCUAUCUAUGGAUCAAGCCAAAUGCCAACUCCAUCAUUGGAGAUGGACCUAUCAUCCUGAAAGAGGUGGAGUACCGUACGACCAAUGGGAACUGGGCUGAAACCCACAUUGUUGAUUCACCCAAUUACAAGUUAUGGCAUCUAGACCCCGAUGUGGAGUAUGAGAUCAGAGUGCUUCUUACCAGACCUGGAGAAGGAGGAACUGGACCUCCUGGACCUCCACUCACAACAAGAACAAAAUGUGCAGAUCCUGUACAUGGUCCACAGAAUGUGGAGGUUGUUGACAUCCGAUCUCGGCAGCUGACCUUGCAGUGGGAGCCCUUCGGAUAUGCUGUGACUCGUUGCCACAGCUAUAACCUGACAGUCCAUUACCAGUAUGUGUUCAACCAGCAGAAAUAUGAGGCGGAGGAACUAAUUCAGACGUCAUCACACUAUACUUUGCGGGGACUGCGACCAUUCAUGACUAUCCGACUGAGGUUGGCUCUUUCAAACCCAGAGGGCAAGAUGGAGAGUGAAGAGCUGGUAGUUCAAACUGAGGAGGAUGUUCCUGGACCUGUUCCCCUUGAAUCGAUUCAGGGUGGACCUUUUGAAGAAAAAAUCUAUGUUCAGUGGAAGCCACCAAAUGAGACUAAUGGAAUAAUUACACUCUAUGAGAUUACAUACAAGGCUGUUGGGUCCCUAGAUCCCACCGCUGACCUGUCUAACCAAAGAGGGAAGGUCUUCAAACUAAGGAAUGAAACGCAUCAUCUCUUUGUAGGGCUGUAUCCAGGGACUACUUACUCAUUCACCAUCAAAGCCAGCACAGUGAAGGGCUUUGGACCCCCCAUCACCACAAGGAUUGCAACUAAAAUUUCAGCACCAUCAAUGCCUGAAUAUGAUGCAGACUCUCCUCUGAAUGAAACAGAGACAACCAUCACAGUCUUGCUGAAACCUGCACAAUCUCGUGGGGCACCUGUCAGUGUUUAUCAGCUUGUUGUGAAAGAAGAGAGGCCACAGAAGUCACGAAGAGCUGCUGACAUCAUUGAGUGUUUCUCUGUUCCAGUGAGCUACAAAAAUGCUUCAAAUCUCGACUCUCCGCAUUACUUUGCAGCCGAGUUGAAACCAGUCAACCUUCCUGUCACACAGCCCUUCACGGUGGGAGACAACAAAACUUAUAACGGCUACUGGAAUGCUCCGCUUUCGCCACUGAAAAGCUACAGUAUUUAUUUCCAGGCACUCAGUAAAGCAAAUGGGGAGACCAAAAUCAACUGUGUCCGGCUGGCAACAAAAGCAGUAAUAAGUAGGCAACAGGUGACCACCCGAAACCCGCCCAGCCUCAUGAGCACAGGAGCAUCUACACAGAAUUCCAAUGCCGUGGAGCCAGAAAAGCAGGUUGACAACACUGUGAAAAUGGCAGGAGUUAUAGCUGGACUUCUGAUGUUUGUAAUUAUCCUUCUGGGAGCAAUGCUUACCAUCAAGAGAAGGAGCGGUGCAGUAGACCCAAGAAGAAAUGCAUAUUCCUACUCCUAUUACUUGAAACUAGCCAAGAAGCAAAAGGAGACGCAGAGCAGCAGUCAGAGAGAAAUGGGCCCUGUUGCUUCUUCAGACAAGACUGCUACGAAACUCAGUUCUGCUCAUAAUGAGGAAGCCUUUUCUUCAAGCUGCCAAGAUGUUAAUGGAUUCACACCAUCCUCUCCUUGUUCAUUUUCUGUCCAAAGCAAAACCCUUCAGAGCAAAUCUUUGUUGAAUUCCUACUACUCAGUAUCAUCAGACACUGUUCCAUCGACCACACUGUUAGACAGUAGCCAUGGGGAGAUGACUCAGCCGACACUGACAAUCCAGACCCAUCCCUAUCGAAGCUGCGACCCCGUGGAAAUGUCCUACCCCAGGGGACAGUUCCAGCCAGCAAUCCGAGUGGCCGACUUGUUGCAGCACAUCACUCAGAUGAAACGGGGACAGGGCUAUGGCUUUAAAGAGGAGUAUGAGGCUCUACCUGAGGGGCAGACAGCAUCUUGGGAUACAGCCAAAGAAGAUGAAAACCGCAAUAAGAAUAGAUAUGGCAACAUCAUCUCCUAUGAUCACUCCAGAGUGAGACUGCAAUUGCUGGAAGGAGAUCCCCAUUCAGACUACAUAAAUGCCAACUAUAUAGAUGGUUACCAUCGGCCUCACCAUUACAUUGCAACUCAAGGACCAAUGCAAGAGACGGUCAAGGAUUUUUGGAGAAUGAUCUGGCAGGAGAACUCUGCAAGCGUAGUCAUGGUCACGAACCUGGUGGAAGUUGGCAGGGUGAAGUGUGUCAGAUACUGGCCUGAUGAUACAGAAGUCUAUGGAGAUAUUAAAGUCACCCUAAUUGAAACAGAGCCAUUGGCAGAAUAUAUCAUACGCACUUUUACAGUUCAAAAGAAAGGCUACCAUGAGAUCCGAGAGAUCCGCCAAUUCCAUUUCACCAGCUGGCCAGACCAUGGGGUUCCUUGUUAUGCCACUGGCCUCUUGGGCUUUGUUCGACAAGUGAAGUUCCUCAAUCCACCAGAGGCAGGGCCUAUUGUUGUGCACUGCAGUGCUGGUGCUGGGAGGACAGGGUGCUUUAUUGCCAUUGACAUCAUGCUUGACAUGGCAGAGAACGAAGGUGUGGUGGACAUAUUUAACUGUGUGCGGGAGCUGCGAUCCCAGAGGGUCAACUUGGUGCAGACGGAGGAACAGUAUGUCUUCGUUCAUGAUGCCAUUCUAGAAGCAUGCCUUUGUGGCAACACAGCCAUCCCUGUUUGUGAAUUCAGAUCCAUAUACUACAACAUCAGCAGACUGGAUCCGCAGACGAAUUCCAGCCAGAUUAAAGAUGAAUUCCAGACCCUUAAUAUAGUAACGCCUCGAGUACGGCCAGAAGAUUGCAGCAUUGGACUCUUGCCAAGGAACCACGACAAGAAUCGCUGCAUGGAUGUACUCCCCUUGGAUCGGUGCCUCCCCUUCCUUAUCUCCGUUGAUGGGGAAUCAAGUAACUACAUUAACGCUGCACUCAUGGAUAGCCACAAGCAACCUGCUGCCUUUAUAGUUACCCAGCAUCCUUUACCCAACACAGUAGCAGAUUUUUGGAGGCUGGUGUUUGAUUACAACUGCUCCUCUAUUGUGAUGCUGAACGAAAUGGAUGCUGCACAACUCUGCAUGCAGUACUGGCCAGAGAAGACAUCCUGUUGUUAUGGGCCAAUCCAAGUGGAAUUCGUUUCUGCUGAUAUUGAUGAGGACAUCAUCAAUAGGAUAUUCCGGAUCUGCAACAUGGCAAGGCCCCAGGAUGGGUACCGUAUUGUCCAGCAUUUGCAGUACAUUGGUUGGCCAGCAUAUAGAGACAUACCUCCUUCGAAGCGCUCCCUCUUGAAGGUGGUCAGGAGGCUGGAGAAGUGGCAGGAGCAGUAUGAUGGGCGAGAUGGGAGAACUGUGGUCCAUUGCCUGAAUGGGGGUGGCCGCAGUGGCACCUUCUGUGCAAUCUGCAGUGUGUGUGAAAUGAUCCAGCAGCAGAACAUCAUUGAUGUUUUUCACAUAGUGAAAACCUUACGGAACAACAAAUCCAACAUGGUGGAGACACUGGAACAAUAUAAAUUUGUAUACGAGGUUGCACUGGAAUACUUGAGUUCAUUUUAGCCCAUGAAAGGUGGAGAGCUUGCUGAAUUCCCAAAGCCCUGAUGUCUGAAGGGCACUGGUUCCCCUCGUACUUAAAGGGAGCAAUGGGGUGAGGAAAGCAAAGCUCUUCACCCUGGAGCGAGAGACCAGGUCAGAUCUCAGUGCCAUUGGAAGGAGGAGGGAUCUGCUACCAUCUGCUUUCUCCAGGAACGUCUCUCACUUUUUAAACAACCUACUGUACAAAUUGGCAAGCCACGAGGCAGGCUGGAAGACUCUGAUUUCUAAUCCUUUCUGACUGCUUCACUCUGCCAUUUUGGAUGUGUAUUUUUGUUUCUCCUUGAUACGAAUGGGGAAGGGGGAUUACUGGAAUAAUCAGUCGCCUUUCAACUCCUCUUUCUCUUCGCCUCCCCCACAAAUCCUCACUUUAUGUUUUUAGUUUUCUAUAUCAGCCAUUUGGCAAAAGAGGAAAGCUUCAGUAGACCCACGUUAAGGCUUUCAGCACAGUGAGUCUUUGUGAUCAGUUUUUCAAAUGAAAAGGCCACUGCAAUGAAGCUGUAAUUUUCUGUCUGCUCCCAUUGUCUUAGAAGCAGGCCAUGGAACCAAGAGGCUGUUGCUGAAUUUGCUGCCUUGGUUGCUACACAGUGCUACUCAAUUUCCAAUGUUGUGCAUGGGUUGGUUCAUAGCGGCUGCAGCACUGGUGAAGCAGUUCUGUUAAAUUGCACCUCCUAGCCAUCUAAAUCAAAGACACCCUAAAAUUAUCUUCAUGCUUCAAACAAUUAUUGGUCUUUGGUUUGUAAUGAAGUUAAUUGAGUUUUACCUUAAGUACUUAUUUGUGUACAGUGUCUCUUUAAAAACAGGAUGUCAUGGAGGGGCAGGCUUGUUAUAUAUCUGCUGGUUGUUUUGCAGUACACGCAGCUUGGAGGUUGUCUGCACCUUCUAUAUAGUCAUUUUCUGAGGGCAAGUUCUGUAAGAGAAUAGGUGAUAAUGGUCAGUCUGGCAGGCUUAUCAGAGAUGCAACUCCCUGUUUUGGCAAGGGCCACUAGUCUUGCUAUAACUGAACCUGUAAGAAUGGGUGACAGCAGUUUCACAACAUCUGAUGAACUGAGUUAUUAGGGGAAAUAUAACACGUGAACUCAUUAUGAGUUUGCAGCUUAGUCAGGUUUACAGGUUAACCUUGCCAAUCAAAAUUCUCAAAACAAGGAAUGUGAUGUAGACCUAUCUGACUGUGAGAGUCGAGAGAUGAUGUGGAGUAUUCAUAACUCUGAACAAAGGAGAUUGGUAAAGUAUAGAAUUGUCGCAAUGUACGUGAGAUCUGACAGCUCUCCAAACAAUCCGAUUCCAGAUUGGUACAUGGUAAAUUGAUGGUUAUGCCUCAAAACAGAACACUUGGCUUUUCUAAAUUUGUAAAAGGCAAGAGGAGUAUGCUAUACCCGUCUCCAAAUAUAGCAACUGUUGUUUUUUUUCCCUUUCAAAAGGACAGAAUUCAGGUAGAAGUUGGCAAGCACACAGAGAGGGUUGAUGUUGGUAUAUUAAGGAAGACAGGGGGAAGUUUUAUUCUGCAGAUUUUUCUGUGAAAUCCUAAGAAGCAAUUCUUGGAAACAUACACUGGACAAUUCUGCCUUGCUGUCUCAGGUCAACAAUUAUAUUUUGGAGCUGUAGAACCGUGUGUAAAUUGGAUAAUAUGAAAUGGCUGGUUGCUGUUUCAUCGUGGGCAGCCAACCCUAUUGAAAUGAUGCAGGUGUUAUAGCUGUUCAUGUAUUUUUAUAUGUUUAGCCAUCAGGCUUCUUUAAAGAGGUGCAGAAAGAAAGAAAAAAUAUUGUCUCCAUCAGUUUCAACCUAGUCCAUCAUGUUUGCUAGUGUGGGGUUGUGCAGCAGCAGCUCUAUCCUCCCAGAUGACAGGAGCCAUUGUGCAAGAUGUGAUGGCCAAACCUGACACAUGACAAGUAUAAUUACCUGGAAAGUAGUCUUAGCUGUAGCAUCUCCCAAGAGCUCUUCGCCCAUCUUGGCUCAUCACAUGCCAGCUUUAUGGUCUCACAGAUGCCCCUUUACAUUUUUUUCUUUCCAAAUGCUUGCCUCAUAUAUUCUACCCAGAAGUAAGUCUGAAUGAUUCCAGUGGGUCUUACACUCCAGGUAACUGUAUUUAGGCGUACAUGCAAAAGAGGAUAUGCACUGCCAUAUUCACAGUGCAUUUCCCCAUCGUCAUUACACACACAACUGGAGUCGUUGUAUGUCGCUUAUCCUAUUUGAAAGCACAGAAGUCUCUAAAAUACUAUAACGUAGGCCUGAACCAUUAUCACUCAUUGCAUCCAUAUAGUUUGCAAAUGUUCAGCAAUUUUCAUAGGCGAUUCUGGUAGACUCACGUCACCCCAAUCUCUGAGCAAUGCGAGAUUCCAGGGGUUCCAAGCAGUUACCCAGGGUUCAUGUUUCCUUCCUUUCAAACCAACCACAAGCUGGGAGAGGGCUCCACCCAUUUGCCAUCUUGCACAGAGCCCCUUUCCUUUGCUUCCCUUAACAUCACCAUAACAGAAAGCUAGCCUGGCUUAUAUUUUACAUUAGCUGGAUCCAGGGGUUAGGAGGGUCUCUGCAUUCAGCCUACUUUCCCCCUCCCCAAACUCAUAACAAUAAUAUCGUCAAAUUACUUCCUGUACAGGCUACUUAUCUGCAACAGGAAGGUCACAAACCUACCUAGAGUCCAAUAUACUUUUUAAAAUCCAUUUCAAAAUAGAGCAAGAACACUGUCUUAGUCAAGUAGAAUUAGGAAGCUAUUCCACAGUGUCCCCACAAACUGCACUAAUUGGAACUAAUAAGCCCCAGAACCCCAACCCCAACCAAUUCCUAUUUCAGUCUCCUCAUGAAAACUCCAAACAGCUGGGCAGAAAGUUGGGUUGUUGUUUUUUUUUUACCUUUGUUGAAGAUUUCAGUAGAAAAGCUCACAACUGAAACAAAGAUGAACAACAAAGCAAUUAAAUACACAAUGAUAUUCAACGGUUCAGUCGUGAGUAGAUCAGUCAUCAAAUAAAUUUGAGUCACAAAAUGCUCCACUCAACAGAGUGUGCAGGUGGUAAAAGCUGAGAGAAGAACAAAGAAUGGGUUUUACAGUGGGGUGGGGUGGGAAAGCAUGUUGUGUACUGUAGUAAAAAUGCUGAUGGCUUGACUCAGGUGACGCAAUUUAAAAUCCAGCCAAUUUUUCACACAGUCCAGAUCUGGCAUCCUGGCCUGAUUGCUGCAGGGAAUCAAACCAGACAUGAUGACCAAGAUGUGUGGACAUAUCCCCUGCCAUGUAGUUUUCUCAAUGAAAAUCAUUGCCCCCCAAAGCUGCUAUUUGCUCAGAUUAGAACAACAUAUAGGAAACCAAAGUAAGGCAGGAGGAUCAAAUCCUUCUCCUUACAUGUCAAGUCCGGAGGCUCAGGACAUCUCUUUUUCAGCAUUGUGAAAGUUGCACCUUUCUUGAAACAUUUUGUUUGGCCCUGAUUAUCUGUGUAAGAAACACUUGAAUUGCUGGCAUGGGUAUUACUACUUUCCUUGGCUUAUUCAUUUCAACUGCAGGUUGGCAAUUGAGGGGGGGGGGAGUUUUUCUGUUAAUCAGAAAUAAUUCCAUACAAACCCCUGCUGAUGUGAUUCUAUCCUCUGGUCAUUUCAUUAAUAACUAGGCACUCAGGCUUUAGACACAUUGAUUUUUUGGCCUUUGAAAUAUAGUGUUAAUUUCCUUUUUUUAAAAAAAAUAUAAUAAAUAAAUAAAUAACAGUCGCAAUACUGCAAGACAUUUUAAUUUAGAAGGCACCUUUAAUUAGUAAUCCCUUUUGCUCUCAAGAUAUAUAUUUUUACAAGUUCACUGGGAGGGUAAAAUCAUUAAAUCCCAGUGAAACAAUCUUUGUUUUAAAUGUGGAAGUAAAUAACACUAUUGCAGCUAAGGAAGUUGCAGCAUUGAAAGCCAAUGUAUCUGAUACAGGGGUGAUGGUGGAACCAUUGUGAAUUGCAUACCAGGCCUACCAUUGUCAAUGCAGUGGGGUCAUGUUGCAAUUCCUCUGCACCCAGGGAGGGGAGAAAACCUGUUUGGGGCAUAUAAUAAUCUGGAAGAAACAGAUGGCUCUGGUGUUGUUGGAAACAUGUGAACCUGUUCUUUGGUCAAAAUCUGGAGCUGAUGAAUGGCCCAUUUUAUGAUCAGAUACUGGAAUCAAGAAUCACAAAAGGUGAACUAUAGCAUACAUAUGUUCAAUGUUAUUUAGAGAGAGAGAGAAGGGACAUGGAAGAAAGGCAGCCACAAGGAUGAGCUGAAGAUAUGUCUAAAUGGGAGCAUCCCAUGCUCUCAGUUUGGCAUGGAGCUAGAAGAGGAGACAACAGUACCUGAAAACAGGUACUAUGGUAUGUUUGACACCACAUGCCAUUUUCUAGUGCUAAUCCCUUUACUGAUGUUGAUCCUCUGAUUCCACCCAGUCUGCUAUGCACACACCAGUGCGUGUAGAUGCGGUGGGAAGAUCCACAUUGGCUUGUGGCAUGAAGUUGGUGGGAAUGGUGCACUGAAUCAGCACACCAGCCCCGAAAAAUUAUCAGGUUGGGAAUGCAAACACUGAAAGAGUGACAGAGAGGGGAGGGGGAGGUAGAGAGGAAAAGAGAGAAGAGAGAAGAGAAGUAUCACAAGUGAGAGUGCAGCCUUUCUGGGAAUUCAGUUGGUAAAAGGAAAAGUACAGAUUUGAACUCCUUUGUUUCUGAUGCUGUAUGUGAGAGUACAAAGAGAAGCUUGUGGAAGUCAAGAAUGUCAUUAUUAGCUAAUGUACUUGGUCAUAGACCUUGUUACAUUGCACCAGGAAAUGUUUUGUGAACUCAGAGCACUGGCGCAUCUGCUUGGUAAAAACAUGAUGCUGAAUGAGAGAGCUCAUCCUAGAAUCAGACCUUCUUUUUUAUAGCUCAAUGUGAUAUAUGCACACAUAUUUCCAAUAUAAGAAAAUGCACUUUUAAAAAAAUCACAUAUAUAAAUUAGAAUACCUAAAACCAAAUUAAAUCAGUGCAGUCAACAGCUGAGUGGCCGGGGCAGGGGGGAAGACAGAGAUGCAGUAAGCAAGAUUCACUCAGCAAGGUUGGAGACAAGACAAUAGACCUGAAGACCAUUUUGGAAGUGGUAUGAAAGAGGGAACACUGCCAUGGUAGACUCCUUUCAGGUCACUGCUGAUUAAACUGAUUGUAGGUCUUGUUUUCUUAGAUUUGUUCCCUGUUCACAUUAAGAACAAAUAAUGCAAAGCAAACCUCUCCAUGAUGUCAAAUAAAUGCUUUUUUUUCUUCAGCUGCAGCAUUCACAUGGCAAAACUGUGUAGGAGGUCUUAUUAUGAUUAUUUUCUAAUGACAUAAUAGCAGAAGUCCUUGAGAUGAACUCCCAGCUUCCAAAGGGGCUCCAUGUGGGCAGUUAAUUAGAACAGAUAUGUAUAGUGUUUACUGGUGUGUGUGUGUGUGUGUGUGUGUGUGUGUGAGAAGGAGGGCAGAAAUGUGACCUAAUUUUCUUAACUGAGCUAGGAAAAAAUGUGUGUGGCAUUAGACUGUACACAGAUGAUCGUUAUAUUGACCAUUGACUGUGCAUUAAAGAGCCAAAAGGCUGUGCUUGAUAUGUUCCUUGAAAUUUGAGCAUCAGUAAUAC